CAGCUGAGACUGGCUAGAGAGUUGGGCUAGAGAGCUCGCAAAGCUUGUGGCAUCCUGCAUUACGUGGAAGCCAUACGCGACCGCUGCUGCACCUAUCAAGGCUACCGUUGCCGCGUAGCACUAAGAAGCAACACUUGCAUCUGCUCCGCACGUCGCCCCGCUUGCGCCGCCGCGUGAAACGGCUCAACUCGCCGACGCCAGGCCAGCCAGCCCGCAGCGACGCCACGCGCGACGCUGCCAGGCACAGCUCGCCGACAGACCUCGGGCACGCAAAGCGCGCCCGUAACCAUCGCAGCGAUGGCCGCCACAACCCCCUGGGCGUCGGCCACGGACAAGGUCCUCAAGGCGCACAAAGUGUCCCAAGACGAAGGCCUGAGCGACGACCAGGUCACUGCGCUCCGUGAGAAGUUCGGUCCCAAUGAAUUAGAUAAGGAGGAGGGCACGCCCUUGUGGCAGCUCGUCUUGGACCAGUUCGACGACCUCCUCGUGAAGAUCUUAUUGGGCGCCGCCUGCCUCUCCUUCGCGCUGGCCUUCGCGGAGGAGGGCGACGACUUCGCGCAGGCCAUGGUCGAACCUUUUGUCAUCCUCCUGAUCCUAAUUAUAAAUGCGAUCGUCGGCGUGUGGCAGGAGCACAACGCCGAGAACGCCUUAGAAGCGUUGAAGAACCUGCAGAACUGCGCGGCGCAAGUUAUCCGGAACGGUGUGUUGAAUCCCGACUUGCCCGCUUCGGAGCUCGUCCCGGGUGACAUUGUCCGUGUUAGGGUGGGAGACAAGGUGCCCGCGGACAUUCGGGUAGUCAAGUUGGACACGACGUCGGUCCGAACGGACGAAGGGGCACUCACCGGAGAGUCCGAGACCGUACUCAAGACCACGGAACCAGUGGCGAAAUCCGCGAGGAUCCAGGACAAGAAGAACAUGCUCUUCUCCGGGACGACGGUCUCCAACGGGACCUGCGUGGGCGUCGUCGUCGCGACGGGCAUGAAGACCGAGAUCGGCGUCAUCCAGAGCCAGGUGCAACAAGCGGCCGAAGAAGAAGAGAAGACGCCCUUAGGGCAGAAGAUCGACGCCUUCGGGGAGCUAUUGGCCAAGGUCAUCGCGUACAUCUGCCUGGCCGUGUGGGUCAUGAACUACAAGCAAUUCAGCGAUCCCGUCCACGGCGGGUUUGUCAAGGGCAUGAUCUACUACCUGAAGAUCGCCGUGGCGCUGGGCGUCGCCGCUAUUCCUGAGGGGUUGCCGGCGGUCAUUACCCUAUGUCUGGCUUUAGGAACGAGGAAGAUGGUCAAACGUAAUGCGAUUGUUCGCAAGUUGCCCUCCGUCGAGACGCUGGGCUGCACGACGGUCAUUUGCUCGGACAAGACGGGCACGCUCACCACCAAUCAAAUGACCGUCGUCGCGUGCGCCGUGCCUUCGUCGACGUCGUCUCUGGACGAGUUUACCGUCACCGGUACUUCUUAUGCCCCUGAUGGGGAUGUGGAGGCCGACGACGCGGACUUGACGAAGCUCCAGGAGGUCUGUGCCCUCUGUAACCAGGCGUCUAUACAUUAUGAUAGUGAGGAGAAGCAGUACAAGCGCGUGGGGGAACCGACGAAGGCGGCCCUGCGCGUGUUCGUCGAGAAGGCGGCCGACGAGCAGCCGGACGAUCCCGUCGAGAGAGCUUCUAAGGAGAACGAUGCGAUUGAGGCCAAGUACCCGCGUCAGGCCGUCUUAGAAUUUGAUAGAGAUAGGAAGUCGAUGUCCGUGCUUUGUGGGAAGGCGAAGAACAAGCUGUACGUCAAGGGCGCGCCCGAGAAGGUCUUGGAACGGUGCACGCACAUUAGAGUUGCCGGGAGCAAGCAGAAGCUCACCGCGGCGAACAAGACUGCUAUCUUAGAUACGGUGGCCGAGAUGGCUUCGAGGCCUUUACGCGUCCUCGCCAUGGCCGUGCGCGAAGAUUUCACCGGAGACAAGGACCUCGAAACGUACAAGGGCGGCGCGUCGAAGAAGCUGCAAGAUCCGUCGAAUUUCGAAAGCAUCGAAAGGAACCUGAUCUUCGAGGGCGUCUGUGGUAUUAAAGACCCGGCGCGGCCCGAGGUCAAGCCGGCCAUCGAAGCGUGUGCUACGGCGGGCAUUCGCGUGAUUAUGAUUACCGGGGAUACCCGGCCGACCGCCGAGGCCAUCGCGCGAGAAAUCGGCAUCUUCACCGAAGAGGAAGAUAUCCAAGGCAGAAGCUUCACGGGCCACGACUUCUUCAGGAAGUCCGAGAAGCAGCGCAUCAAGUUAUUGACGAGCCAUAAGGGAUCGAUGGUCUUUUCCCGGACCGAGCCGAAGGACAAGCAGGCCCUCGUAAAAAUGUUGAGAGCGGCGGGCGAGGUCCCGGCCAUGACGGGAGACGGCGUGAACGACGCUCCAGCAUUAAAACAGGCGUCCAUCGGCAUCGCGAUGGGCAUCGCCGGGACCGAGGUGGCCAAGGAGGCCUCGGACAUGAUUUUGGCCGACGACAACUUCGCGACCAUCGUCGCCGCCGUCGAGGAGGGUCGCUCGAUCUACUCGAACAUGAAGGCCUUCAUUCGCUACUUGAUUUCUUCGAACAUCGGAGAAGUCGCGAGUAUCUUCUUAACGGCUCUGUUGGGGUUGCCGGAGGGCUUGGUGCCCGUCCAGUUGCUCUGGGUCAACCUCGUGACGGACGGCCCGCCCGCCACUGCUCUUGGAUUUAACCCGCCGGACGCUGACAUCAUGAGAAGGCCGCCGCGCCACGCCGACGACGAGUUGAUCACGCCCUGGGUCAUGGUGCGCUACAUGGUCAUUGGUUUAUAUGUGGGCUUCGCGACGGUUGGUAUCUUCGUGUAUUGGUACGUCUUCUACGACUGGUCUGGGUAUAAUCAACCUUUAGUGUCCUACACGCACGUCAGCAACUGGGGCAAGUGCUCGACCUUCACGGACUACAACCCGGACUUCUCUUCAUGGAGUUCGCCGGGCGCGUCCGAUCUCAGUGGAGAUCCGUGCGCUUACUUCACGGCCAAGGGCAAGGCCACGGCCUCGACCCUCUCGCUCUCGGUGCUCGUAGUGAUCGAGAUGCUCAACGCCCUCAACGCCUUAUCUGAGGACGGUUCACUAUUACAGAUGCCGCCCUGGGCGAACCCGUGGUUGUUGGUGGCCAUGUUCGUCAGCAUCGGGCUCCACUUCCUGAUCCUCUACGUGCCGUGGAUGGCGGCCAUCUUCCAGAUCGUGCCGCUGACGUACAACGACUGGGUUUUAGUGAUGGCGUUUAGCAUGCCGGUCAUCUUCAUCGACGAGGUGCUCAAGUUCUGCGGGCGCGUCUACCAGGCGAAGGAGCUCGCGAAGCGGCUGAAGGAGGACUGAUCGAUUUUUGGUGUCCUUGCGCGGCGCUGGGGGCGUAAGGGGAAGUAUCUACUAUACUGGUGUUGUGGGGCUGUUGUUACUAGGACGAGUGGGCGGAGCUCCUCGGGGGAGACACCGCGCGUCGGGAUUCAACGUCGCGCGGUGAGCGCCGCCGCUGGGCGCCGACCCUGCAGCACCUCGAGGGCGUGCUCUAGGAGCCCGGAGACGUGUCUGGCGGCUCCUCGCAUUGGGCUUCCCGUGGGGCCGGAGCUUGGCGGCAGAGGGCUGUUGCUUUUUGCUCAUUGGCU